AUGCCGUCAGUGGACGCUACAAGGCAGCACGUGGAGGACAUCGAGCGUCUUAUCAAGUGUCGCCUGCGGUCGGAGGUCCACGCCCGCAAAGCAGUCGAAAGUGCCAUGAAGCGCGCAGUGCUCGAAGUCCGUCAGCUAAAGAAGGAACUGAUGGUACUGCGCCAGGAGAACGAGGAGCUACGUGCUGCUGUUGAGACGAAGCCGAACAAUGGUGGUGGGAAGGAAUCACCCAUCGAAUUGAAGAACGACCAGAUCCAAAGACUCACGGCACGAAACAAGCAGCUCGAGUCCAGUGUGCUCGAGCUUCAGCAGCAAGUCGCAGGCCUCGAGCCACAGAGCACCACCACGAUCGACCAGUCAACUGCCUUAGCCGAGAAAGACCGGGACAUCGCGGCCCUGGAGGACGAACUCGCAAAAAUCAAACUUGUAGCCGACGAAACCAAGCGCAAGUGCCAAAACAUGCUCAAGGAGAAGAGGGAUGAAGCGCAGCGAGCCCUCCACGAGAACGAGCAACUAGCGCGCUGCGCGAAAACGCUCCAGAGCCAACUGGCGCUGCUGCCGCAGCUUAAGAAACAACUGGAACUCGCAAAGGAGAAACGCGCUGACAUGGCUGGGGCGUGGCAGAAGAAGCUCGAGCAACGUGACCAGGAAUUUCUGCGGGAAGAAGAGGCGAGCAAGCAGAAGCUGGCCGAGAGCGCCUUCCAGAUCUCAGAGCUCACCGAAGAAAAGCUCGAGCUCCAGGAGAGAUUGAACGAGCUGGAAGUCAAGCUUCGUCAAUUUGAGAGCAGCCACAAGAGCGAGCUAUCACAGGAAUCUCAGCGUACGGGUGAGCUCGAGACCAGCGUAAACCAGUGGCAGGAAAGAAUUGUUGCAAACGUAGCGGAGCCGACUGAAGUUCUGGCGCGAGAGACGCAAGAACAGGAGACUCAACUACGGCUCACUGACGAUGUGGCUGGUGCAAUGGAGGUUCAGGAUGGCCACGACUUGAUGCAGGCUCGAGAGGCUCCGAAAGCUCUUCCAUGUUCAGUAGAUAGGAUGGAGCUCAGCAGCAAUAACGAGGAUGACAGGGACCCGUAG